GUUCAGAAGACUUCCUGUUACAUUGGUUUGACUAUCACAUAUAAGUAUUGUGCACUGUCACACGGGAAAAUCUCAGUCGGACUGAAGAUUAUAGACCUACUGUCCACUCUAUCUCGGAAACUGCAUCAGUGAACGUCUAUCUCUUUUGGAUAUCGAAAGGUGGUGAAGUGUCCCUGGAAUGACACAGCCAGUAAAGAAGGGAAACUGGAGGGAAGUUAAGACACUUGGAUCCGGUGGUUUUGGGACGGUGGUGCUAUGGGAAAAUGAUGAGAAUGGGGAACAAAUCGCCUUGAAGCGAUGCCGGGUGCAGAACGAAAUGUCGCCCAAACAUCGGCAGCGAUGGAAGAUGGAGGUAGACAUCAUGAAGCGACUGUGUCACGAUAACGUGAUUGCUGCCCGGGAGGUCCCUCCACGACUUGAUGUCACUGGCGAUGAGGUCCCCCUGCUGGCCAUGGAAUACUGUGCUGGGGGAGACCUGAGACGGGUGCUGAACAAACCUGAAAACUGUUGUGGGAUGCGAGAGUACGACAUUCGCUGCUUGGUGCGGGACAUUGCGCUGGCUGUGGAGUAUCUCCAUGACAACCGGAUCAUCCACCGUGACCUGAAGCCUGAGAAUAUUGUACUGCAGCAAGUGGAGGAAAGGACUGUGUACAAGCUCAUAGACCUGGGCUACGCCAAGGAGCUGGACCAGGGAAGUGUGUGCACCUCAUUCGUUGGAACUCUGCAGUACCUCGCCCCCGAGCUGUUUGCGUCCCAGAGAUACACAUGCACCGUGGACUACUGGUCAUUUGGGACAGUUGUGUUUGAGUGUAUUGUGGGAUUCCGGCCUUUCCUGCCCACCGUGCCUCCAGUCAGAUGGCACAAGGAGGUGUGCCAGAAGUCCCCAGAAGACAUCUGUGCAGAGAUGACUAACACAGGAGAGGUGAAGUUCCACAAGAGGCUUCCGGCUCCCAACCACCUUUCCAGGACAAUGCGGGGCUACUUUGAGCAGUGGCUUAGGAAGAUGUUGCGUUGGGACGCGAAGGCCAGGGGAGGGGGCCUCACGCCGGACAAGAGGCCCAAGUGUUUCAACAUGCUGCAGCAUGCGCUGGACUUGAAGAUUGUGCACAUCCUGUACGUGGAGGCGAACCAGUUGAUCACGUACCCUGUGCCGGAGGAGCACACGAUGCAGAACCUGCAGCUGAUCAUCGAGCAGGAGACAAAGAUCCCGGUGGCGGAGCAGGACAUCCUCCUAGCAAGCGGCAUUCCUCCGGACCCCAGCGCCCCGGCCUAUCAGUGCUGGACAGAGCCGAAUGACGAGGAAUGGAUUGUAUUUCUGUUCCGGAAAGGAAACUCCUCGCCCGGCCCCCGGAAGCAGAAGCAACUGCCUAGGAUGGUUCAACUGAUUGUGAAGGAACCCAGCACACUCCUCCCGGCACAUGAACAGAGAAGGGCCUGGGCACAUUCAGUCUACUUCUGCCAUGAACAGAAUCUGGACUUUAAGAGGUUGAUACUAAGUCAGAGGGCGGCCAUGCUCAACUUAUUACGAACAAAUUCAACAUUCCUUAAGUUAAAGAACAGGAUGACAAAUGAAAUAGGACAGCUGAUGGCAAGAAAAGAACAUUUUAAAGAAAGUUUGGUGUUUGACAUGCAGCAUUAUAAGGACCAGGCGUCUAACGGUGGCAUAACAUCUGAAAAAAUGUUCUCAAAAUGGCUCAGAAUGUCUGAAGAAAUCGAAAGAUUCUCAGAAUUGAAAGAGAGAGUGAACAUCCUGGAACAGCAGGCUACAGCCCUACAGACGAAGAUUGUCGAGCUGCAGCGCAGUCCAUUUGCUAGAAUAAAACAGAAUGAUGUCCUAUGUGAUUGUGAAGAGUCAGCCAAAAAAUUAUACCAAGAACUGAUGCAGACACCAAAGGAGAACCGCGGGAACUUGAUGGACCACACGAAGAUGGUGCAGCCUGUGGUCAAGUGUGUGCUGGUCAGGGACAAGUCCGUCGUGGAUCUCUACACCUACCUGGGUAAAGUGUCGCAGUGUCGCUAUGAGCUGCAGAAGAUCAUGCCGUCCCUGGAACAGUGCUGUGAGGAGAUUGCAGCGGCCAGCCGACAGCUGAUGACCAACCAGCAGAGCCGGCAGCAGGACAUCUGGAACAUGCUCAAAGUCGUGGUGAAUCAAGGCAAGCAGUCUGGUACUCUUGUGCGGUCCAACUCACGUACCAGCUCUUCUGGACCAUCAAGUCUGGCCAGCAUGUUUGGCACUGCAGCUCCGAUGUCCUUCCAGACGAGCGGGAACCAAGAAUCUCUGCGGGUCAUGGAGGAGUCCAAGGAGCGCUGCAAGAAGAUGGAGGAGAUGAUGCACAGUCUCCGGGAGGAACAGGAGGAGAAUAUGUCCCUCAUGGAAUCCUUCAACGAUGUCAUCGAUAUCGCUGAUCCCACCAGCUAGGACUGCCAACGCUCAUUCCAGCUUCACUCAAGGGACAUUGUGCAUUAGUGUGGUAUGGAGUGAGUGAUGUGGGAGGGACCUGUGUCCUUCCGGAAGCUGUGGAGGGAUGUGUGUCCCCCUGGAUGCUGUGGAGGGAUGUGUGUCCCCCUGGAUGUUUUGGAGGGAUGUGUGUCCCCCUGGAAGCUGUGGAGGGAUGUGUGUCCCCCACUAAGCUGUGGAGGGAUGUGUGUCCCCCUGGAAGCUGUGGAGGGAUGUGUAUCCCCCUGGAAGCUGUGGAGGGACGAUCAGGAUUUUGUCAUUCCAGAGAUAUGCCGAUGAUUUUUUUAUUAAAUUUUUUUUUUUUUCAUCUGGAAGCCAUAUUGUCCCUAACAUGCCUAUGUGGCUAGAGAUUACCAGGGCUUUGUUUGUUGUGUUAAUAAGAUCCUGGUUUUCAGGACGUCAUGCUUCAUCAACAACCAUCUUUAGCUGCUCCAUUGUUUUCACCUCAAUGGCAACAAGUGUUAGUGAGAAGUGGUGGACAGACACCAGGUGUCAUCGUCAGUGAUACGAACACCAUGUAUGGUGGCAAGUGGUGAAAUUAGAUCACACUUUUUAUGGCUGAUGUAAUUUAUCAAAUAAUAAUUAAUGGACUGUACAUAUCCAUCAUUUAAACUCGUGGCCGAAUCAUGUUUAUAAUAACCACGCAUCAUCACACAAAUAUGCAUAAAUGACGUUUGAAUGAGAAUGAACCAUGACUGUGAUUGUGUGUUAGUGAGUUAUUCCUCUGCCUUGUUCCUUGUUGUAGUGUCCUCACCAGUCUUUUGAGAUUCUGUGAAUGUGAAUUUAUUAUGUUAAUUGGUCUGUCUGUCAGAGGUUAGGAGUAUGAUCGGCAAUAAUGAGAGUCUGCUUUGUGUUCAGUCUCUGUGGUCCAGGGUAGAGUCUGCCCCCAGCUCCUCCUGCUGCAGACCGCCUCCGUGGUAUAGUGGUAGAGCAUCUGCUCGGAGAGCGGAAGGUCCGGGGUUUGAUCCCCGGCCGCAUCAUACCAAAAGACGUUAAAAGAUGGUACUUGUUGUUACCCUGUCUG